AUGGCUCUCCGACCUCCCUCCAAUGACUCUCCCACCUCCCUCUUUUUGAAUGCCCCUAAUUCUAUUGUGGAUGUCCGGGGCUCUGCUCCUCCCCCCCUUCCUUGCGUGGGGUCCUCGGCUCCUACGAUCCAUGCUACUACUGUUUGGCCGACAAUCCCUUUGGCGGUUGUUGAUGCGCCUGGUGCUGCAUCCACCCCCCCUGGUUCCUUGGCUGUGGAUCCUGCUGUUGUCGGCUCUCUGGCUUUUGGGGAAACGACCUUGCCGCUUGCUGUUGAUGCUGUUGGUCCUUUGCCCAAACAUGUUGUUAUUGCUACGGUUUCUGUGUUUGCUGUCUCCUCCCAUGAGGAUGAUGUCGUGCCCCCCAUGGCUCCAGUUGCUCCUACUUAUGUUUUUGUGGCCUCGUCUCCAGAGGCCCCCACUUCCGCUUCUCUUGUCCUACAACCCUCCCCUGCUGUUGGAUCUGCUUCUGCUACUGCUGUUUUGUCACAACCUACUGCUAUUGCUGUUUUACAGCCCCCUACGACCCUCUUUCAUCCUUCUGUUGUCACCGAUGUUGUUGACCCUGCGGGGGCCCUUCCAAUGGAUCUUAGCAUUGCCUGGUCUGUGGUUGUUCGCAGGCGUAAGGGGAAACCUUCUCCCUUGCCCCAUACCCCCCCUCGUGGGGGUUUGGGUGGCCCGUCCCCCCCUUGA